CGAGUUGGCUCAAGACACUUGAAAGGCAAAAUAAAGUACAACGGCUGUGGAACUGCGUUGUACAAUUUGAGCAUAUAAAAUUUGAAAAAUAGUAGCAAAAUAACAAGGAAGAAACUACGCGUAACUUCAAAGCAGCUAAGACCAAGCGCAGGGCGGCUCAAGCCACAAGGCACUUAAAAUGGCUGACGAGUAUAUGCCAGAUGUCAGCAUGAUGGACACAAUUGUGCCCGCCAUAUUGGGCCUCACUGCAGCCGCGGUGCUCUCGACGGUGGCCUGCAUCUGUGCCAAGCAGAUGCGGCUACGCAACAAGAAGCAGAACCAUCAUGAUGCGUCAUUCCCAUUCCAACCGACACGACGUCCGACCGCAGUUCGUUCGCCAAGCGGCCAGCCGCCGCACUAUCUGAAGAAAUCACCAUCGCCCACCGGUGGCAAGCAGAUGGGCUUGCUCUCACCCAUGCAGGAUCAGUCGACAUCGCCGACAGCGCCGCCAAAUAUGAAAUAUGCCGAGGAGGACGAGGUGGCACAGUCGCAGCUUGCACAGCAGCAGCAGCAAAACUCCAACAAGCUACACGUUGUGGACAAUGCCAAGCACCACAAUCAACACCAUUCGCCAGUGGAGACCAUUGCCAAUGGCAAUGUGACCAUCACACUGGACGAGACGCUAUCCAAUGGCAAGGAGCUGACCGUAUGCGAUCAAUAUGGCAAGCUGGGCACCAUUUACUUCAAGCUGCGCUACUUGGCCGAACGGAAUGCACUCAUGGUAUCCAUCAUACGCUGCCGCGGGCUGCCCAGCAAGGGUGGUGCUGGCGGCACUGGGGAUAUACCCACUGGCAUGAAUGGACGCACCCAGGCCGCAACCGAUCCGUAUGUAAAGCUGCAGCUGCUGCCGGACAAACAGCACAAGGUGAAGACUCGCGUGGUGCGCAACACCAGGAAUCCUGUUUACGACGAGGACUUCACCUUUUAUGGCUUGAAUAUGAAUGAUCUGCAAAAUAUGAGCCUGCACUUUGUUAUACUCAGCUUUGAUCGUUAUUCGCGCGAUGAUGUUAUUGGCGAGGUUGUCUGCCCAUUGUCUUCCAUCGAGAUCGGUGAUAUAUCGAAGGAGGCGCUCUCGAUUAGCAAGGAGAUACAGCCACGCAGCCUGAAGAUACGCGCUCAAGGACGUGGCGAGCUGCUCAUCUCGCUCUGCUGGCAGCCGGCAGCCGGACGCUUGACCGUCGUUUUGCUAAAGGCGCGCAAUUUGCCCCGCAUGGACGUCACCGGCCUCGCUGAUCCCUAUGUCAAGAUCUAUUUGCUGUACAAUGGUCAGCGCAUAGCCAAGAAGAAGACUCAUGUCAAAAAGCGCACCCUGAGUCCGGUCUUCAAUGAGAGCUUUGCUUUUGACAUACCCGCUGCAGAGGGCACUGGCGCCACCUUGGAAGGUGUCUCCCUGGAGCUAAUGCUGCUCGACUGGGAUCGCGUGACCAAGAAUGAGGUUAUUGGACGCUUAGAGUUGGGUGGACCCAAUUCAAGCAGCACCGCUUUGAAUCAUUGGAAUGAGGUUUGCAAUUCGCCACGUCGCCAAAUUGCCGAAUGGCACAAGCUAAAUGAGUAAAACUCUUAAAUUUUAUCAAAUUUUGGGGCAGCGAUCCGGCGCUGGCGCCGCCUAUUCAACCACAACAAGAACAACAACAGGCAAACAAAAAUUAAAUAUAUUAUAAUUUGUAUUAUCAUUUUUAUACUGCGUGCAUAACAAACAUUUAUUUUCAAUUAAUUAAAGAUUUUUAAAUAUUUGUUUUAAUUAUGCUCAAUAUAUUUCUUUAAACUUUUAAUGUGUGGCACAAGACACACAACAUUUACAUAAAAAAAAAAAAAGUUGAAGAAAAAGUAAUUUACAAAAAGAAACAAGAAAAUUUAAGUAAAUUAAAUGUAUUAGAAAAUGUUUAGUAUGUAACGACGCGUGUUAAUGUAAGAUAAUUAAUUUAAAGAACAUGAUACACUUAUAAUUAUAUUGAAAAUUAAAACAGGUACACAUACGUAUAAAGAACUUCAAUUUGUUGCUGUAUAAAAAUCAUUACUUAAAUGUUGGGCUACAUUUUUUUGAAUUAAUAAUUUCUUAUUGAGCUUUAACUUUUAUUUUGCACUGUAAAAUUACAUAUUACCUGAAGAAAAAUUGUUUGUAGUCCAUUUAUUAUAACUCUGCCCACCAUGAAUACAUUUGGUAUUUGUUUAAUAUGUAUUUAUAUUGUAGCUUUAAUUUUAAGCAUAUGUUUAUUUAAUAUUUACCACAAACUGAGUUCUGAAUACCAAACACAUGUAGGAAACCCCCGAGAAAAUACUUGAAUAGUGCUUUACACAACAAAUUUUCCAAAUGUGUCCGCAGUGAGACAAACGCUUACCGCUUAUAUCUUUAUAUACAUAUAAACAAAAGAAAAAUAACCAAAAAAAAAAAACCAAACCAAAAUAAAUCGAAAAGAAAACGAAACUUGAGAGAACACGCAGCAAUUUGCUUAGGCACCAAAAAGCUACAAAAUCACACACAAAAAAAGAACGAAACAAGUCAAAACCCAAAAACUAAACAACACAAUAGAAUAGUACUUAUAAGAUGGCAAAUCAUAUUGUAUGUAGAAACCACAAUUUAAAAGUAAUUAUAUUAUGUAGAGUUACGAGAUACAUAGAAGGCAUAGCUCAAAAUGAUGGCAAACUCUUACGGCACUUACCCAAACGUACUUCUAUAAUAUUUCUAAGCCCAACUAAGCAAAGCUUACCACGCAAACCCCACAACAAUUGAACCGUGUAAUUGGAUGCUAUGAGAGACAUUUAUAAAAUCAAUUUUGUAAAACGUUGACAGAAAAUGCAAAAAAUGAAAACAACAGAAAAUAAAAAGGAAACAAAUGCGAGCACAAAAUGCAUACUAUAAUAUAAUCAUACCCGCAAAAAUAAGAAAACCAAAAAUUCAAUUUGUGUCCACAAUCAAACUUCAAUUCGUCUAAAGUGCAUACAAUAAUUAAAAAAAAAAAAAAGAAA